AAGAUCGCUGCCUGCAGUGUUUGCUCAAGCUUUGUGCCAUUACACUGAAUGGGAUCCCGUUCCGUUACCUACUGCUGACUGUGGCUCCCCCAGCCCCUCGCAUCCCAGCACAGGGACUCCACCUUUUCUGCUCUGCUCCUGCCUUCUACCUAGGGGUCUGUGAGGAGCGCCUCUGUCUGCGUCUACAUCUCGGCCUGUGUCUGUGUUUGACCAGACGGAAGCAUAGCGCUGAGUGAGAGAACUGGGAGUCAUUGGUAUUGUACUUUCUCCCCGCUCCUCUGAUUUGUACCUAUCUGUGUGUUUUGCUGAAGGACCUUGCCAUUCCUAAGGACUCUGAUACCAUUCUUCUCACUGACGUGGAAUAUGGAAGUGUUGAGGUGAACAUGGGGUCCCUACUGUCACGGUUGGGCCUGGAGUGUGGGGGGAAGGCUGUGAAAGAAGAAGAAAGACACCUACGAGCAAAUGACCGAGAACUCAACUUGUCUUACAAGUACGCUGACAAUGCCAUCAAAACCUCCAAAUACAACAUAUUCACCUUUCUCCCACUCAAUCUGUUUGAGCAGUUCCAGAGACUGGCCAAUGCCUACUUCCUCUUCCUCCUCUGUCUCCAGAGCAUCCCAGAGGUCUCGUCCCUGCCCUGGUACACCACCGUGGUCCCCCUGGUCCUGGUGCUCUCCAUGACCAUGGCCAAGGACGGCAGCGACGACAUGAACAGACACAGAUGUGACAGGCAGGUGAACAACCGGCAGGUGGAGGUCCUCGUUGAAGGAGAACUACAGAGUGAAAAGUGGAUGGAUGUUCAAGUUGGGGACAUCGUCAAGCUAGAGAAUAAUCAGUUUGUCACGGCUGAUCUUCUGUUGCUGUCCAGCAGUGAGCCUCUCAAUCUUGUCUACAUAGAAACUGCUGAACUAGACGGAGAAACUAACUUGAAGGUGAAGCAGGCCCUGACUGUGACAGGGAAGCUGGAGGACAGCGUAGAGAAACUGGCCAACUUCAAUGGCGAGGUGCGCUGUGAGCCUCCCAACAACCGCCUAGAUAAGUUCACUGGCACCCUGACCCUGAAGGGAGAAACGUACUCACUGGACAACGAGAGGAUACUGCUGAGAGGCUGCACUCUGAGGAACACCCAGUGGUGCUUCGGCCUGGUCGUCUUUGGAGGUCCAGACACAAAGCUAAUGCAGAACUGCGGAAGGACCACAUUCAAACGGACCAGCAUUGAUCGCCUCAUGAAUGUGCUGGUGCUGAGUAUCUUUGGUUUCCUGAUGAUUAUGUGUUUAAUCCUGGCCAUUGGGAAUGGGAUCUGGGAAUACCAGGAGGGCUCUAAGUUCGCUGCAUUCCUGCCCAAGGGGGUUAACGCUCCCUUCUCAGCCUUCCUCACUUUCUGGUCCUAUGUCAUCAUCCUCAACACUGUGGUGCCUAUAUCUCUCUAUGUCAGUGUGGAGAUAAUUCGCCUGGGGAACAGUUUCUACAUAAACUGGGACAGGAAGAUGUAUUAUCCCAAGAAUGACACGCCUGCUGAGGCCAGGACCACCACGCUCAAUGAGGAGCUGGGCCAGAUCAAAUACAUCUUCUCUGACAAGACUGGAACACUCACACAGAACGUCAUGACCUUCAACAAGUGUUCCAUCAACGGGAAGUCCUAUGGGGAGUUGUUGGACUUCUCAGGACAAAGAGUGGAGAUUAAUGAGAAAACAGAGAAGGUGGACUUCUCUUGGAACAACUUGGCAGACCCAAAGUUCUGUUUCCAUGACAACAGACUGGUGGAGGUUGUGAGGGAGGGCAACCCUGAGGUGCAGGCCUUCUUCCGCCUGCUGGCACUGUGCCACACCGUCAUGCCCGAGGAGAAGAAGGAGGGUGAGUUGUACUACCAGGCCCAGUCACCAGACGAGGGUGCUCUGGUCACAGCGGCCAGGAACUUUGGCUUUGUGUUCCGCUCUCGUACGCCAGAGAGCAUCACUGUGGUGGAGAUGGGAGAGCUGGUCACCUACGAGCUGCUGGCUGUUCUGGACUUCAACAACGUCCGCAAGAGGAUGUCGGUCAUCGUGCGCAGUCCAGAGGGGAAGCUGACUCUGUACUGUAAGGGAGCAGACACCAUCAUCUUCGAGAGACUGAACUCUUCCUGCAGCAACCUAACGGAGGUCACCACCUUGCACCUCAAUGAGUUUGCUGGAGAGGGUCUGCGUACACUGGCUCUGGCCUACAAGGACAUAGACCCAGAGUAUAUGGAGGAUUGGAAACUGCGCCACCAUGUGGCCAACACUGCCAUGGACGAAAGGGAGGAGAAGCUGGAUGCGCUGUAUGAGGAGAUAGAGAAAGGCCUGCUGCUGUUAGGAUCCACUGCCGUAGAGGAUAAGCUACAAGAUGGAGUGCCCCAGACCAUCGAACAGCUGUCCAAAGCCGACAUCAAGAUCUGGGUGCUCACUGGAGACAAGCAAGAAACAGCAGAGAACAUUGGCUACUCCUGUAACAUGUUGAGAGAGGAGAUGAAUGAGGUUUUCAUUGUGUCGGCAAACACAGCAGAGGAAGUCAGAAAGGAACUCCAGACUGCGAGGAGGAAGAUGACACCUGAUGGAACAGAGGAACCUACUGUCAAGAAGAGUAGAAGUGGCCUGUUUUGUCUUCAAAAGACGGAGACGGUGGCGGAUGAGCCAGUGAAUGGAGAGUAUGCUAUGGUGAUUAACGGACACAGUCUGGCAUUCGCCCUGGAGAAGGACAUGGAGAUAGAGCUGCUGCGGACGGCGUGUAUGUGUCAGACAGUGAUCUGCUGCAGGGUGACUCCACUGCAGAAGGCCCAGGUGGUGGAGCUGGUGAAGAAGUACAAACAGGCCGUGACUCUAGCCAUCGGCGACGGGGCCAACGAUGUCAGCAUGAUCAAGGCUGCUCAUAUAGGGGUGGGUAUAUCAGGUCAGGAGGGUAUGCAGGCGGUGCUCUCCAGUGAUUACUCCUUCGCUCAGUUCCGCUACCUACAGCGCCUCCUGCUGGUGCACGGUCGCUGGUCCUACCUGAGGAUGUGCAAGUUCCUGUGCUACUUCUUCUACAAGAACUUCACCUUCACCUUUGUCCACUUCUGGUAUGGCUUCUUCUGCGGUUUCUCAGCACAGACGGUAUUUGACGAGUGGUUCAUCACCCUGUUUAACCUGGUUUACACAGCUCUACCUGUGCUCAGCUUAAGUCUUUUUGACCAGGAUGUGAAUGAUUGGUGGAGUUUCCAGUACCCCCAGCUUUACACCCCAGGCCAGCUGAACCAGUACUUCAGUAAGAGGGCCUUUGUCUACACGGUGUUACACAGUGGCUACAGCUCCCUGGUCCUCUUCUUCGUUCCCUGGGCAGCCAUGUACGACACGGUCCGAGACGACGGCAAAGAAAUUGUGGACUAUCAGUCCUUCGCCCUGCUGGCCCAGACCUGCCUGCUCAUCGCCGUCAGCAUACAACUGGGUCUGGACACCCAUUAUUGGACAGCAAUGAACCAGUUCUUCCUGUGGGGCAGUCUGUCUGUGUACUUUGCUGUCAUAUUCACCAUGUACAGCAAUGGCAUGUUCCUCACGUUAACCUCCUCCUUCCCCUUCAUUGGCACAGCCAGGAACUCCCUGAACCAGCCCAACGUGUGGCUGACCAUGCUACUCACCUCCAUCCUCUGUGUGCUUCCCGUGGUGGCAUACCGCUUCCUGCGCAUUCUGUUGUGGCCCACCAUCAAUGACAAGGUGAGGUACAAGGUGAGACAGGACAAGGUGCUGCCCCCUACCCCUCGCCGUGUCCAAGCCCGCCGCUCCAGUACCCGCCGUUCAGGCUAUGCCUUCUCCCACGCCCAGGGCUACGGUGACCUGGUGACCUCAGGCAAGUUUCUGCGGAGGACCCCAAAGAGCCGGCCAGCCCUCUUCUCCCAGACAGACUCCCCAUUGGCCCAGACCCAGCCUCAGUUCUACCGCACCAUCAGCGAGCGGGAGGAGCCACCACUGAGUCCCUAGGACUGAUGACCUAACAGGGCACACAGUGUUCAGGUCAUUAAGUCUGAAAACACUCACUCAAUCCAUUCCAAACAUCUAUCAAAUAUCAAUUAGCCAUGUUUCUUUGAAACACUUCAACACUUGAGUCUGAUUUCCACUGAUGUGAGGAUGUGUAACAUUCUUUGUCAGGAUUUCUUUUUUAAAUACAAGGACAACCCCAAGCCUGAAUUCAUAAUUUAUUGCUAGGCAUAGAAUUAAGAAUGAAAAUACUGUAAUUUAAUAGGAUCUCUAUGGUGCCAGGCUUAGAUGUAUGUGUAAGUACUUGUAACUGUGAAAAAACUAUUUGUGAAACAGCAAAAAUAUAAUGCUGGGCAUUAGUCAAAGUGAUAAUUGUGUGGUAUUAUGUUCAAGAUUUUACAAUGCAGAUUUAUAAUAUGUUUUAUUAUAGAUGUAUACAUGAAAUGUAGUUAUUAUUGAGUCAUAAUGGUGUUAUUAUACAAUUUGGUGAGACUCAAAUGAUCUUGUUGAAUCUUAGACCUUUGAAUAUUGUUCAACUGACAUUCUAGUGAACUGUGUACUCAGGGUCUUGCAUUGCGUUAUUUAUGAUACAUUAGAUUAUUAUUUGAGAUAUCAUGGGUGCAUUAUGUCAAUCAUAGCCUAUAUCUGACUAACUGACAUAGUAUAUGUAUUUUUGUCAUAUUUUUGGAUCUACAUUAAGUUGUCAUAUUUUUGGACCUACAUUAAGUUGUCAUAUUUUUGGAUCUACAUUAAGUUGUCAUAUUUUUGGAUCUACAUUAAGUUGUCAUAUUUUUGGAUCUACAUUAAGUUGUCAUAUUUUUGGAUCUACAUUAAGUUGUCAUAUUUUUGGACCUACAUUAAGUUGUCAUAUUUUUGGAUCUACAUUAAGUUGUCAUAUUUUUGGAUCUACAUUAAGUUGUCAUAUUUUUGGAUCUACAUUAAGUUGUCAUAUUUUUGGAUCUACAUUAAGUUGUCAUAUUUUUUUUUAAAUCUGUGAAUAAUGUCAUUUGUUUAAUGUAUGUAUUGCCGUUAUUGUAUGUCAAUGUGAAAUGAUUCUCAAUCACUGAAACACUAAUCAUAGACACUCUCCAAUAUGAUUUCAAGUAUGUACUUUUUCAGCAUUGUAGGCUACAGCCAUAAUACAUGUUUGAUAUUUUUGUAUUCCUUUUGUUGUUGCGAUUGUUGUUUUUAGUCAUUGAUUAUUUUCAAAUAGACUAGUCUAAAUAGCCUAUAUGUAUUUCUAUUCGCUAUUGUUAUUGUUGGAAACGGCUUGAGUGGCAAGUCCUGCGCUGUGCGCAUUGGAUAGACACGUUGUGACGCAAAUAUACUGUAUACCGCUGACCCGUCUGGCCUCUGUUUUCACCAGCACUAGAAGCGCGGCGCCCUGACUGUUGGAAACCAGGAACUGUCCUGCAACGGUUGGAACUAUUAAACAAUGUACAACAAAAUUAUCGAUCGAAACCUUCAAACUACCUGCAAAAUCCACCGUAUGUAUGUUUAAUGCUGUUUAUUUUACGGAAUACAUCACCAUUCGAGGGGCGCAUGUUUUAUUAAUCAUUCAAUUGCAUUAUGUUGAAGAGUUGGAAGGAAACAUAUAUCGUUAUUCUUCUCAAUUCUAUAAUAUGCAUAUGCAUCCAUUGCAACUUUAAAUUGGAAAAUUGGGAGAAGAUUACAGUGCAAGUUUUUUCCUACAGCUGUUAGAAUAAAAUGUAGGUUAGGAGAUGCUUUUCCAUGAUGCUUUUCCAUGAUGCUUUCCUGGCAAAUGUAAAUGCAUUUCUUUGUUUUUUUUUAUUGCUUUAGUGUGUGUUUAUUUAGAAUGUUAUUUAAUGUAAACGGAUUUAGGACAUUGUAGUGCGACUGGCAAAUGGUCAUGUGUGUGUUGCGGUAGACUACUGGCAUGAUGCGGUGACACACGUUCUGGGCUCCGCUGUCAGUUUCUCGCUUUCACACUCGCCCUAUUUUACUCGCCUUCCCCAUCUUUCAUGCAGACCCUAUGUCUGAACACUGUGUGUGUUUUGGAGCGUUUUCAGUGCGAACAGAAAUUGUAUUUGAAUUAGGCUACAUCAUUUGUAAUUUGUAUUAGGAUAUAGAAUUUGAAUUUAAUAUUUUUUAAUUUGUAAUGCACACAUUUAAUUAUAGAAUUCAUAAUUUGAACUUGUAUUUCAUGAUUUGAAACUGAAUUGAAUUAAUAUUGCAUUACAUUUUACAAUUCAAAUUUAAUUUAAUAUUCAAAUUGAAUGUUUAUAUAUUCAGUUUCAAUAUGGUAGAUAUUGAAUUCAUUGUCUGUGUAUAAAGUUUACAUACUAUUAUUGAAUAUGUUAAUAUAUUUCAUAUAUUCAACUUCUCAGAUGCAUUCAGAUUCAGUUUUCUAAGUCAGUAAUCUAAAUUCCAAUUCAAAACCAGAGACAACAUCAUGGUACUUUGGCAGCCAGGAAAAGUAGAGGAGAACAGAUAGAAUAAAACACUGUGGUAAACAGAAGCUUCUGGUGAUUUCUGAAGCCAAUGUGGCAUGUUGAAUAAAUGUUCUUCUUUAUGAA